AUGGCCCGCAAAAUCCUGAAUACUAUUAUCAAGCACGGCGCCGCGAUCCACGCCACCCAGUUCUCCUUCUCCGCCAAGGCGCGGUCGGUGGAGCAGAUGGAGUCGAUGAUGACCAGCCAGGUAGCCCACGGCGUCGUCCAGGCCAUUGGUCGCCUCUCCGCCUUUCCCUACUGGGUCCUUGGCAGCGUCGGCGUCAGCGUCGGCGUCGGCGUCGGCGUCGGCGUCGGCAUCGUCGUAUGGCUCACCGGCGGCAAAGAUGUCGCGCUCGCUCGUGCGCGCGCUGGUGCUGGCUCUGGUGCUACUGUGGCAGUAGAUGGAACUGAUCGCGACUUCCGUCAGCAUACGGCAAGCAAGCCACGCAGCUCAGUCUAG